CGCCCAUCGUUCAACGCAGCCUGAUGGAAAUAAGGAGCCCCUGAAGACGGCGCGCGAUAAAAUAUAUUGGAGCAGUAACUGGAGGGUUCCGAGUUAAUGAAUGCGGUACCGCCACUGUGCGUAGAGCUCUGUGUGUACAUGUACAUCUAGUGUGGACAGUUCGGCAUCGACGCUUAAGCUUUAUUGCUGAUCAUUCUGCAUGAACUGGACUACAUAAUCACCUAAUAUAUCAUCCGAUGUUGCUUUAAAAACAUCGACGAAGGUAGGAGUUUCAUUACCAGAUUACCGAAGCACGCGACAUGACCUGGCAGGUUCCGGCGAAAGCGUGCAUGCGAUGAAGUCCAUGUUGUGGAAGCAGGCGGUAUUAUUCGUGUGGCGUGUGUUAUUAUAGAGGGCUCUACACGUCAUUUGUUUACAGCUUGAGAAAAUUUUCUUGUAAACAACCACGACCAGUUAGCCACAUAUGCUGUGGAAACAAUGUGGCCAGUGAAAUAUCUAGUUACGUGUGCGCGCUGAGGGAUUUGACAUCCAAUGCUGGCAACGGGUCCUACAUGUAACGUGAAGCUAGCAAGUAGCAGUGCAUUGAGCUCACGCAUUUCAGCUGCACGCGAUCGUCUCAUUUUUAACACGCCAUUUUCAUAAACAGACCAGCCGUCGUCUAAAUCCAAUCUGCCUUGGGAGUUGAGGCAACUGUAAGCACACAUGUUAGUGAGAUAUGAUGGCUAAGAGCCUCUGCAGCCUGCAAGGUGAUAUAAUGACCCAUGGACUAUAAUUAAUCUGUGCUGUUGACAGCAGUCAGACAACCCUGACACGGUCCAUGAAGUGAACUGUUUUAUGAGAUAAAUUAAAGAAGACUACAUAGUGUCGGAGUAUUCGUCGAUGAAGAAAAACAAGAUGGAGGCGACACUCUUCUGUGGAUGCGGCAUUAUGUUUCCUAUUUCCAAGUGCACAAGUGUUUUGUCUGUCCUGAUCCUCUCCACGUUGGUUGCUGUAGGGGACGGUACCUCACCAAAAGUUUUUACAAUGCCAGGAGAGACGUGCGGUUAUACCGUUGACUACGGCGAUCAGUUCAAGGUGGUUUCGCAGCAGAUUCCGCACGGAGAGGAACCCGAGCGAACAUCCUAUCCUCCCAACGUCAGCUGUACAAUCAUCUUCCGCACUCAGCCCGGCAAGCGCAAUUUCCUUAGACUCUCCAACUUUGAGGUGGAGACGUCCAGGUUUUGUGCAAGGGAUGGUCUUUACUUGUAUGACGGAGGGAGGGAAGUCAGCGAGAAUUUACUGUCGGCCAACAAGCACGCCCUCUGUGGCACCACACUGUCGCUGCCCAACUAUUUUGUCUCCACGGGACACGAGGUCAUGAUCAAGUUCGUUACGGACGGCAGUAACAACUCGUACCGUGGCUUCAUGGUCCUCAUCACGCCAUUCACAGAGGAUGAAUACUGUUCUGGGUUCACUUGUCACCUGACAAAGCGAUGUAUCACUAUGAAGGCAAUGUGUAACAGUGAGUACCAGUGCGAGGAUGGAUCUGACGAGCCGCCCAACUGCCACCUUCUUAACGCAGGUUUUCGACCGAGCUGUGCGUACUGUCACUGGUCUCUUCUUAUCUCCAGUUGGUUCAUAAUAGCCUGCCAGCGGUUACUGGCCGGCUCCAGACUGGUCCCAUCACUGUGUACCACACGAUUGUGAUAAUAGUAACAUGAAAAUCUCUGCACAGCCAAUUUGUUAAAAAACAAGACUUGCUCGGGCGUAAAUCGGAACAUUCUGUACACAGUGUUUCGACGAAAGCAUUCUUAUCCUUCACAGGCAACAAUUCUCCACAGAGGACAUACAAAUGCAGUUGAUGAGGAAGGUGCUGAUAGAGAUGAAGAGGCUGAAUAAAUAUUUCUUAAAGAUGUCGGACUUGGGAAAGAUUAGCAUGCCUAGUCUGACGGAGAGGAAUUUGUUUUCACGAAGUAAUUGUACAAAUUGUGUGUGUAAGGAGUAUGAACACGGAUGUAGUCCGUUAACCUUGUGCACCAGUCUCGUCUCUAGACUUUUUAUGUUUUCACGGAGUACCACAUGUGAGUAGCCGUUCAUGUGAAUACAAAAUAGCUAUACCGUAGUAGUGAUUGGCUGAUUCUGUGGUACACUGCUGGUGUUCCGCUAAAGUCGUAGCGCAUUAGUCUUCCAUCAUAAUGGUCAGUGAGGUCUGUGUUCUCUGGUAUAAAGACAAAGAUUUAAUGCAUGUAAUUGCCCCGUAUAAUUUACCUGACACAGUAUUUAAAACUUUGCUGUUUAUAUCUCUGAGGGAAUUGUGGAGCAUUGCUGUAUUUUCCAGCCACUAUUGUUCUAGGACAUUUGUUAAUAGCAUCCAACCACGGAGGGAAGUGAAUGGAAUUUACGUUCUGCUGGUUCAGGUGCUGUUCUGAUGUUGGUUGGUAAAAUCAUUUCGUUGGAGAGAUUGAACACAGACAGAGACAUACGUGAAAUGUCAGCAGAUCCACUCAUACCGUCUUAUACCGUUUUCUCAUGGAUUAUUAGCCUGGGGAUGUAUUUCCUGCCGUCGACUUUCCCUAUAUCACUGCUACUUUAAUGCACGCAAUUAUCUCUCUUAGACCAUAUAUGAUUGCCGUGUUCCUUACUUUGACGAAAGUGCACACAUUGACUUCCUUUUUGUAGGCCUACAUGUACAUGUUAUAUCCAUAGUGACUACAGGACCGUGACUACAGGACCGUGCCUGGGAGAAUUGACUGAUUAUCAUUAAUUAGUGUUGCGUUUACUGCAUAUUCGUUGAUGUUUCUGAGGAUAGAACGAUUUCUUAAACUGCUGAGUCAGCAACCGAACUUGAAGUAAAAGUGUCUGUAAUGUCAGAUUAAACGAGACCGUCAGUUUAAGGAAUCGAAACGUCAUUCAAAUUAUAUUCGGUUCGUACUUAAUAGUGAUUUUAUCAUAAAUUUACAUAAUCAUCUGGACUUUAGAUUCUUUUUUCCAUUUGUUGUUCUGUUUUGGAAAUGAACACGAACAGGGGUCCUAAUUGUAGCCCUUCGACGUUAUUAUGUUUGUGAAUAAAUGGACACUUUGUAUAAGCCCAGGAAGGAAACUUUAUUUAGUGGUGUGCAUCGGGAUCAUAUUUUUGGAAACAUUUGGAAAAAGCCUUUUAAGGGAAUAAGAGGACAUGUGUAGAUAUUUCGAUAAGAUUUUCACUUGUUACGAAUUUCAUUGGAAAUACUGAAAAUCUGUGCAAAUUUCAGACGAAAAGAGGACUUGUUUGUAUACUAUCACUUCAAGAAAAUUUUCUAGAUGUCUUUUGCACGGGAGCCCAACCAUAUAAGCCCACGUGAAAAUCUAUCAGGCUUAAAUUGCCCUUACACUGCUUAGAAAAUUGGUACUUUAUCCAGAAGACCGUAACGAAUUGUAAUAACGGCCUCGUUUCCUAUCGGAAAAAAGAAAGAAAACACAAGCUUAUUAGUAUCUGAUCGGACCUUAUAUAGGAUACAAUGUUCAUGAAAGGUUACGUUGAAAAAAGGGUGUGCAUGGGGUGCCACAAGCCGCCGAUGUGAUAUGUAAAUAUUGAAUGUUGUAAAAUUUCCACUUAAUAUUGCACCUUUUCCUUUUUUAUGCCCGCAUAUACAAACAAAAGACACGUGUGGAGUUUAUCAAGCUGUACAAACGAAUACAACCAUUUAUUCCUUUGUAAAGAGUAAAUUGUGUAAGCCAUAUUCUCUACAUUAUUUGUUUUCACCAAAACUGACAAAUAUACGAUUUUUGCCAAAUGAA